UCAGCCCAUGCAUUCCAGCUAAUGCAGUCCAGGCAGCAAUGACAGCCUGAAGGUUGCAGCAGCAUCGGGAUCAGCAUUCCAAGUGCACCAAUCUUACAGUCUGGAGUGAUUUUACGUGGAGCUGUUCUUUAUUUGCUGAGCCAUGGCCAGUAACCAGGCCAGCCUGCAGGAUGAUCAGAGCAGGCACUGCAAGUUCUUAUCCUAUAUGUUCUACCAGGCUGUGAGAGAUCACAAGCCUGUGUGGAUGCUGGAAGACAUGAGAACUAUGGAGUAUUUUUACUGGGAGGAAAAUGCCAGCCUACGAACCUACUCACCUUCAGAAGCCCUUCUCUAUGCAGUGGUGCAUAAUCACCUGCCUUAUGCUCAGUAUCUGCUGUCUCAUUUUCCAGAGGAGGCUCUCAAGGUGCCUGGGGAACACUUCUGCUAUUGCCCAUCCUCUGCUCCUCACCUGGCUAUGGCGGUCACAUAUGACAGGAGAGAUAUCUUGGGACUGAUAAUCAAAAUUGCACACAAGCUUCCCAGCUUGAACUCCUAUAUCAAUAGGGCUGGCUGCUUUCAUCUGGAAGAUGGGAAAACACCCCUGCACCUUGCCUGUGAACUGCUGAGGUCAGAGACGGUCCUCAUCCUCCUUGGGAAUGGAGCAUCUCCCAGGAUAGAGGACAGUAAAGGGCUUACCCCGCUGGACGUCAUCCUGGAGCAGAUGUGGGACUCCAAAGUCAAUGUCGCAUCUAAGAAGCUCUGCCUCGACUACCUCUUGCUCUUCAUGCCCAACCCACAGUUUAAGAUGCGGAAAGUUCUGCAGGAGCAUCCAGACCACUGGACAGCUUUGCUGGGAGAAGACAAAUUCAACAGCCUCGUGGGGAACACACCUGCUUCUUUAUAUCUGCAAGCUAUGCAAACUAUUCUCCAGUCUCUUCCUCCUUCCCACUUCCCUAAAAGCAUACAGGAACUACCUAUACCUCAGGCACUAAAGCCCUUACCAUCCUAUGGCAAAAAGCUACCAGCAAAAAAUGUGGUAAAUGUUUUUCCUUGACUUUAUUCAAUGGGUCUUGGAUUUUCCAAGGCGACUUAGAGGAGCUGGUUAUCCACCACCCUCUGCAUUUUAGUGUGAUUUUAGUACUUAACCUAUUAGGCUAUGCUGGAAAAUCCAAUAUUUUGUGACAAGAUUUUAAAUGUCUUUUCUAACUGAUUGCAGGCACGGCACUUUUAAAGGCAAAAGCCUUCCUUGUUUUUUGUUUUGUUGUGCAUGUGAAGGGUUAACUGUAGUUGAGACUGUGUUAUGUUUGGUUUCUUAGUUGUCAGCUGGUAUCAGUGUAUCUGAAUUCCCAAUAUGAUAACUGCAUCCUGUGUAAUGCACCUGGGUUAAAAGGAACUACGUACCCAGUGGGAUUUUUAAAUGGUGUCACUGCUAGAGCUGGGAGAAAUACCAUCUCCUACCAACAAGGUUCAAACAUCAAGUUUCCUUUCUAACAAUGCUCAAGCAUCAUUAGUAAUAACCACAAAGUGCAUGGCUGAUAUUGCAGGGAUGCAGAGUUACCAGUAUUCCUGCAGGAUAACUGAUCCUACCAAGUUACUUUACAGCAGGCCAUGGUGUGGAGGGCGUGAGUUCAGAGAGGGGCAGUGUGUGUACAUUCCUGGGGGAUGGGGGAUAAAGAUCCACGGAAUAGCUAAUGGAAAGCAUCCAGUCUUACCUGGGAGUGAGGGGGUUAAAGGCAAUCCCAGCCCUGAUGCCUCUACAGACUUGUGCAAUGGGGAAGGAACCAUUUUCCUUGCUGUCCAGUAAACAAAUGGCAAUCGGAGCAGGAACAUUGGGAGCCCUGUCUUUCAUAUGUGACAUUAUUUCUCCUUGACUUGUGUUUUGGAACACAUCUCUACAGGAGAUGUAGCUUGCUAACUUGAUUUCCCUGUGGGUCUCAGAGCCACAGGCAUUUGUUACUUAUCUAAGCUGUGGUAUGAUGUUCUGCUGUUAAAAGUUGUUACUUGCUGUCAGAGUAUUUUUACCACCCAGGUCCAGACAGAAAUCCUUAGCCUGGAAGUUACAAAAUGUUCCCAUUGACAGCAGUGCAGGUAGGGUGAAUUUGCAGAAAGCAGGGCUGGGUCUGGGCAGCCUUCUGGGUAGCUCUGAAUCAUGCUGCCCUCUCUGCUCAAGGCACUGGUCCUGCUCUCCUUGCUGUUCUCAGCAUCAACAGGGCAGUGGCAGAAUCCCAGCUCCCUUUGGGGGACAUCCCUUAUUUUGGACAGCAGCAUUCCCCACUCCUUGUAAGCACAACCCUCUGCUCUGCUGAAGUAGCACAACUCACUUCCCCCGUCUGCACUGGGCAGCAGUGGAGAACUGACUCUCCUCUUCAGCUGGAUUUGGAGCUCAAGGCUGUGGGGCACAAACUACUUUCCACAGGCAGUAGCUAAGAAAGAUGUGCAGUCAAAUCUCAACUGCUUUGUGCAAAAAUGGCUCAUGUCUCAUCCAGCUUAUUCCUUGCCUGUGCCAAGGGGGCCAUGCUGGACCUGUGCCCAUCUUUCUGUCAGCAGAGGAAGCACUUCCAUUUAGUUUCCCUCUGCAUGGGCUAUCUCCUAUGUGCCAGGACACUGGCAAUGCCGGCUAUGGCCAGGUGGAGUUUUACUGUGAGGCUGCAUAACAUGCUACUCACAGACACCUGGACCAUCCUUUCUGGGACACUGGGAUGCUCCUCUCAGCCAUCUCUUCCUGCAUGCUGUGGGAGGACCUCAGUUCCAGUGCCACCUGUGCUAGGCCAGGUGAAUGAACAGUCUUGCUUGUGAGUUGGAGAAAAUGUCAGUCCAGCCCUAAAAGUGGUAAGCAGGCCAUGAAAGGGUUAACCCUUCUCCUGAAUUCCCACAUCUCUGGUGCUGUAGUGUCCCUCCACCUCUGCGCUGGGGACUUGAAUGUCUUUCUCCAUCUGUGUCUAUUGCUCCUUGUUCGAUGGGGAAGGCUGCGAAAUAACGGGGAAAUCCAGGGUCAGUGCUGAGUGACGGUUUUGGGGGAAGCCUGUGCUUGACAGUCUGUGCUGCAGACAGAGGCUGUCACAGGGAAACAAAGCAGAGCCCAAGGCAGAUUUGCAUUAUAAGCGGUGGCUCAGCUGCUUCUGCCAAGCCCUCAGGCUCCCCAGCACUGGCACAUACUCUCCCAAAAACUCGGAGAGACUGUGCAGAGCACGGCCCCUGUGGCACCCCGGGAGUCCCAAGGAGCAGGAUCGGGUUUGUCCCCAGCAGCACUGCGGUAUCUCAUCCGGAUGUUGGUGGGUGAGAGGUGGAGGAGGCUGCUGAAGGAUAUUAUUAGAAUAGUAAUUAGGUCCUGGCAGCAGAGAUCCCAGGAAAGGAGGAAAUGGAAAUCAUCCAGUGCUAUUGCACUGGCUCAAAACCAUGUGAGUUUCAGUGCUGUGAAGAGUUUCAGAAAAGACAGGAGGGAGGGGAGGGCUGUUCAUCUUACAAAUCCAAGGAGGCAGGUAGGGACUGUUGGCAUUAAUGGAGAGCACUUUCUAUUAAGGCAGGAGGCCACGCUCAGAGAGCCAGAGGAGCCCACUGGGAGCAAGUGAGUGUAAAAUGGUGCAGGGGUCUCUUGUUGGCUGCAAUAGUUGUGGAUCAAUGCAGAGGUCAGGAAUCAGGUGCUUUAUGGGAGGGUUUGUAGCAGACAGCAGGAUGCUUGUGUGCAUGCAUUUGUCCAUGUGGGAAGCUCCCCUCAAUCUACCUGCCAAGAGAGAGGAUUUAAGAUGAAUUGUCUUGGAAUAGUUUCCUUCCUGUGACUGGUGCCCCAGCCUAGAAGAAAGCUGCUGGUCCACUGUUGGCCAACAUGUAAAAAUUCCAGUGUGUCCAGCCCAGAGUUUAACAGGCAAGUACCCAUACAGGAAAGAUCACUGCACAGCCCCCUCAUUUCUCCUUUGCCUGACCAUUUUAGCAAGAGACUGAGCACCAGCUGACCCUCAAUCACAUCACAUACCUCCCAUGAGCAGUCCAGUGGACCAAAGUUUAGGGUCUUUAGCACUGUGGUGACAACUCUUUCCAUUGCCUGUAGCAAUAUGACUGCAGGAUGGGCACUCCUGCUGGAAUAGGGGAAUCUUCUCCCUAGACCCUGUUUGCUUAUAUUGUGGUGAUCUGCCUGUUAGUUUGAGAUUCUAUUCGUCUUCUUGGUCAAUAUAGUGACAUUACAUCAGAUAUGGCCAAAUCUACCUCAGCCCUGUCUGUGUUGGCUUUUUCUCUCUGUUCUUUCCAAGCCAGGUCAUUAGCAAAAGUAAACUCGAAAUAUUUUGCAAUAUUUUCCUGCAAUCUGAUCGUCUUGAAAAAUCCCUAUGCUUGCAUGGCAAAUAUGUUGGUGACUUUGUUAAUCAAAAAGGGUGCCGGGUGCUGUGUGGUGAUGUUUACAUUCUUCAUAUCUGCAUACUGAGUAAGUGUUGCUCAGCUCUGUAUUUCUGAACUUGGGAAAAAGAAUAAACACAAGAGAGAAAUGGGGAGAGGUUAAAGUCUUUUCUGAUCUUUGGAUUUAGGUUGGUUCUGCAGGUUGCAUCUCUUUAAUUUCAAUUUUGAGGAGUAGCAUUGUAAGGAUCUGAAUUAUCUGUAUGUGUGAGCCUUUGGUUCUGGUGAGAAGUGCUUCAGUGACUGCAGUGGGGUGACGAGAGUGAGAGUGAGAGUGAGAGAGAGAGAGAGAGAGAGAGAGAUUGAGUGAGAGAGUGAGAGAGUGAGAGAGAGAGAGAGAGAGAGAGAGUGAGAGAGAGUGAGUGAGUGAGUGAGUGAGUGAGUGAGUGAGUGAGUGAGUGAGUGAGUGAGUGAGUAGUGAAAACACCCAGGUGUGUGUGCAGGUGUGUGAGUGCCUGCCCUCUUGUCGCACGUGUGAGUGUCUGCCUGCCCUCUCCUGGCAAAUCCGUAACCGACCGGCAGCUCCCACCCACUGCACUCACUCCUCGGACCAGCGGGGAGCGAUGCCCUACGGAAGCAGCCUUUUCACGAGGUCAGUGUGUGUGUCCCAGGCCCUGUGCUGCUGACAGGUAAGGACAUUUCUUCUCGUGGAAAGAGGCAGCAGUUUUGCUCUUGAAAUGGGUGUUUUAUCCCCGAACACCAAACACAAGGGCUUCUGCUUGCCAGUAACUACAAUCACCCAGUAAAGGGUUUGUGAUGCUGGCCACACUUUAUUCUAGAACACAUUAAAAAAAAAAAUCUCAUAAACAUAUAUCUUUGUCUUUCUUUUUUUCUGGGCUGCCAGCAAAAUUCAGCUACCUAUAACUUCCUAACCCUAUGCUUCUGUGUAUUUCUGCAGCGUUAUUAGCAGGAAGGACAGGUCAGAUUCUGACCUCAAUUACACCUCCCUACACCUGAAAUAGUGCUUUUUAAGUCGGUUCCAUCACUACUGAUGUUUGUUGGUCUAAGGGAAAACAAACUGUUUGUGCAUUUGUGUUCUUCAAGGCUCCAUAACUCUGACUUCAGCAUACAAAAAAUGUGACAUUUAAUCCCUGAAAGCAUAUUUUACAUUUUUUUGUACUCUGAAUGUAUAUAGAUAUACAUUUUCCAUCUCUAACAUCAAUGGCAUUUCCCUGUUCCCUGUUUCUGGAAUCAUCAUGGCAGUGACAGAUGCUGUUGUUCACUUAUUAAGACUGAAUGUUGCCACCCCAAGUAGAAAUGAAUGUUCAUUGUAUGAUACAAUUUUCUUAUAAAGCCAUACUUUUGUAAUUUUGGUUUCUCUUUUUUAGGGGGGGGGGAAUCUUCCCUAUAAUUGUGUUUGCACAUUACUUGCUGCAUGAUUAAAGAUAAAACAAUUGUAACAUGCUGGAAUAAGUUAUAGCCUGAUAGCCUGAUAUAAUUAGGUACACUAGUUGUGAAAAUAAUUUAAUCUUGAUUAUAUUAAUAUAAUAAACUUGAAAUAUAGAA